AUGGCAUCGAGAAAUAGCCAUGAUGGCAAUCGACGAGAUCUAUCCAGUUGGGUCAAAUUGAAUGUAGGUGGGCAAUAUUUCCUCACCACCAGGAUGACACUGUGUAAAGAUGAAAAUUCUUUUUUAUGCCGUUUAUGUAAUAACGAUCCUGAUCUUCCAUCGGAUAAAGAUGAAAAUGGAGCUUACAUGAUUGACCGUGACCCACGUUAUUUUAGGCCUAUUCUGAAUUUUUUACGUCAUAGCAAGUUAAUUAUUGAUAAGGAUAUCCCUUUGGAAGGGGUCUUAGAAGAAGCUGAAUUCUUUAAUAUGGAAAAUUUAGUACAAUUAACUCAGAGGCGUAUUGAAGCUAGAGAUUCCAAAGCUAAGAAACCAUCCAAUCAUGUUUAUCGUGUAAUACAAUGCCAAGAAGCUGAAUUAACUCAUUUAGUGUCUACAAUGUCAGAUGGGUGGAGAUUUGAGCAGGUCAUCAAUCUAGGAUCAGGCUACACCUAUGGCAAUGAAGAUCAAUCAGAAUUAUUAUGUGUCGUUUCACGUGAUAUAAGAGAUUAA